AUGUCGUUGCCUUUGAAAUUCAUCUCGUGGAAUUGUAGAGGCAGAUUGCUUAAUCCUCAUAAACAAAAGGCUAUUAGAUCUUUAAUUUCAACUAAUAACAUGGGCUUCAUUGGGUUAAUAGAAUCAAAGAGAGAAGUUGUUGAUGAUUUCUUGGUUCGUAAAUUAUGGCCAAACUCUGAUUUUGGCUACUCCUUUGUUCCAUCUUCAGGAGCAUUUGGUGGUUUGAUCUUAAUGUGGAAUUAUGUUCUUGUCAAAUCGGCUAACAUAUUGCAGGGGUCAAGAUGGCUUUCUAUGGACUUCAUAUGGUUUGGUAAACCUAUCAGACAUAUUCUCGUUUAUGCAAGUAACUCAGCUGCUGAUCGCAUCUUAUUUUGGGAUACUUUGAAGCCAUUAACGGCUUUUACGGGACUUGUUAUUUUAAGUGGCGAUUUUAAUGAAGUGAUUGAUAUUUCAGAAAGAACAAAUUAUUCUGGUUAUAAUGCGUCCAUGCUAGCCCUAAAAGACUUCAUAAACAGUUCUGAGCUUAUGGAUAUUCCUCUCCAAGGUCGAGCCUUCACUUGGUAUAAUUCGUAUUCGAGGUCUCGCAUUGACAGAUGUUUUGUUUCUAGUAAUUCAGCAACCGAUUGGCCGUUUCUUUCUCUCACAGCUCUGCCUAGAGGCCGUUCCGACCACACUCCGAUUCUCUUUAAGUCUGAUAAUGAUUACGACUGGGGACCAAAACCGUUUCGAUCCAUUAACGCCUGGUGGGACAACGCUGAUUUUGAAAAAUUCGUUUCAAGUUCUUGGAAUCUUCUUUCUUCUCUAGGCAAAAAUCAGAAUCUAGUGUACAAACUGAAAAUAUUUCGACAGCUUAUUAAGGAAUGGAAUUUGAACGUUUUUGGGAAUCAAUCUAAGCACAUAACUGAGCUGUCUAACCUUAUUAAUUCUCUUGAAACUGCCCAAGAUACAAGAGUUUUAAAUAAUUCAGAGCUCGAACAGCUUGUUUCAUGGAAAAAUGAAUUAUGGAAGGCCGAACAACAUAUGGACUCGAUAUGGGCUCAAAAAUCUCGCAUUAACUGGUAUUUGAAAGGAGACAGAAACACUAAGUUUUAUCAUAGUGUUGCUUCGGUUCAUUACCGAAGCAAUUUCAUUUCUGAAAUUGAAUCGGACUCUACUGUUUACACGACUCCUACCGAUAUAAGACUGCACAUCAGGAACUAUUUCAGCAAUCUUUUCUCAAGUAAUAAUGACUUGAACUUUGAUCUUUCAAACCUCCAUUUCAAGUCGGUCUCCUCUUCUUAUGCUGCCCAGUUGAUAAAGCCUUUUACCGAGCUGGAAAUCUAUAAUGCACUUUCCUCUUGUGGUAUGUCAAAAGCCCCGGGACCCGACGAGUUUAAUUUCUUCUUCUACCGCAAAGCUUGGAGUUAUUUGAAGCAUGACAUUAUGAAUAUGUUCAGUAGUUUUUAUAAUACUUCUCGUCUGCCCAAAGGUUUAAAUUCUUCAUUCAUGGUCCUCAUUCCGAAAGUGACAGGUUCAAAUAAUCUUAAGGAUUACAGACCAAUCAGCCUCGUCAAUGGUAUUUAUAAACUUCUCUCAAAGGUCUUGUCCUGUAGAUUAGCUCCUAUUUUUCCUUCCAUUAUUUCGGACAAUCAAAAUGCUUUCAUUAAAGGACAGAGCAUUCUUGAUUGCUCCUUGAUUGCUAAUGAUCUCCUGCAUUUAGCAAACAAACGGAAAGAUAAGCUCUGGAUUCAAAACUGUCUAGCCACGGGUUUUACGUCUGUUUUGGUUAACGGAAGUCCGGUCAGUCCUUUUAGAUUGCAGCGCGGGGUUCGUCAAGGAGACCCUAUUUCACCGUUUCUUUUUGUCAUUGCCUUGGAAAGUCUUAACAGUAUUCUGACGAAAGCGAUGGAUAUUGAGCUGAUACGGGGGUUCAGUUUCGACGUUAAUUCAGCUCCUAUUUCGCAACUACAAAUUCGCUGA